GAUCUCAUUCUGACCUUUAAUAUCUCAAUGCAUCGUUCUUGGUGGAUGGAGAAUGGGCCAGGCUGCACCGUGACCUCAGUAACCCCAGCACCAGACUGGGCACCAGAGGAUCAUCGCUAUAUCACUGUCUCGGGGUGUUUUCUUGAAUAUCAGUACAUAGAAGUGGCUCACAGUUCUCUCCAGAUCUUCCUUGCACUUGCACCCGUUGAAAGGGCAGUGGUGUGGCUCUCUGUUAGAGAGUGUUUUGAAUGCAUGGAAGUUAAUAAGUGUGAUGGACCAGUUGAAUGUUUAUGGGUAAAGUUGAAGAAGGCCAACAAGGUAGAUGUCCUGCUUGGGGUCUGUUAUAGACCACCCAACCAGGAUGAAGAGGUUGAUGAAUUAUUCUAUGGGCAACUGGCAGAAGCCGCAAAAUCGCAGGACCUUGUUCUUGUGGGAGAUCUCAACUUGCCAGACAUCUGCUGGAAAUAUAACACAGCAGACAGGAAACAGUCCACGAGGUUCCUGGACUGUGUGGAAGACAACUUCCUGACUCAGCUGGUAAGUGAGCCCACCAGGGGAGGUGCCUUGCUGGACUUGUUGCUCACAAACAGAGAGGGACUGGUGGAUAAUGUGGUGGUUGGAGGCCUUCUUGGGCUUAGCGACCAUGAAAUGAUAGAUUUUUCAAUUCUUGACCAAGACUAUUACCAUGGAAUUCCAAAGGGCAGACUUCAACCUGUUUAG